AUGGACGCCCCAAGGGGCUUUUUCAUUUCUGCUGCUGCUCUUGCGCUCUUCGCUUGGCACUGGCAUCUCACGAAAGGACAAGUGGUGACCUGGCUCUCGCUUUGCAGCUUUGGCCCGAAAGGCAAGCCGAACCCGGCGGCCCUUCGGGUGGAAGAGGAGCUCGGAAGGGUGCGGGUGAAGAUGUGCACGAUGUUUCUUUGCGCUUGCAUCCACGUCGUGAUGGUUUUGCUCUUGAAGUCUGCAGUGGAGUUCAUGUGCGAGCCGGGUUUGUGUUCUGGGAUUUGGCUUUUCUGCUUAUCGGUGGUCUACGUCGCCUACAGCUCCCUGGUAGGCAAGCGGCUGGCUUUGACACCUCGGCGUCUGCAUGCAGUACGCAUGGCUCUCAUACUGGUCCACGCCGCAGCUAUUUUCGCCAUCAGCCACGGAUCAAAAGAUACCUUCUUGGGCCAGAUCGGGGUCAUUAUGGCAUCGCAGGUUCUUCAUUCAAUGCUUUUCUCGGCAAAUGCAGCAACCGUCUCCAGUUCGGUGCUCCACACUGCCCUAUACAUCUGGGCCACAGCACAGGUACAUGGCCACAGCGCCGUGGACAUUUGGUUGCUUGUGUCCCACGUGUCCUUGCAGGUCUUUGUGUGUAACAUGAUCCCUUUCUUGCUGGAGCUGACCUUGCGGGAAUGCAUCGAAGCAUCUUUCCAAUCGCAAGACUCGGACUCCUUGAUUCAGGGCUUUCGGCAGAUGCUGAAGGGGAUCUGUGACGGAGAGCUGCUACUGGACGGGGACUUCCAGAUCUGCGGCAAAGCGCCGUGCCUGCAACGGCUCUUGUCAAGCAGAGAGGACUUUGCCGGACACUGCUUUCGGGAGCUUAUCGUCGAUGACAAGGCGAGGGAAGCUUUCGAUAGCUUCCUGGCAAGAGCUGCCGCAGAGCCGAAGCACUUGGAGGCCACGCCGGGAUGCUUGCGUGUACCUCUGAAGACUGCUUCACAAGAAAUCGUCUCUGUGGACAUGUUCCACGUUCCGCUUUCGCGCAGUCUCUACGGCCUGAAUACCAUCCACCAUCUGCUCGCCCUUACGGAGGAUGUCCAUGCAAGGUUGCAUCCAGAGGCAGAGCCGUCGACCCAGAACGUUUGGGAGAGCAGGCGUCCGGCUGCCAGCGCUCCAGCAUCUGCGGCAAGUACAGACACCCACGUGGAAUGCUACGAGGAGCUGGAGGAGAUGACGCUGCUGCUGAACACCAGCACGGAGCUCAUGGACAUCGAAGAAGCCCACAUGCGCUUCGUUCGCAGGACCGACGACUCCAAGGUGCGGAUGGGCAUGCCCACCCUGAAGCGCUUCGCCCGGCCGCUGGACUGGGCCGGACUUGAAGCGGCCCUGCGCGGCUACGCGCGAGGCGUCCGGAAGGCCCAAGCCCAGGGCGAAGAGGCAGAGAAGCAGGUGUUGCCGGGCUUGAUGCUGCGGCUUCCGGGCGAGUCGAGGAAGCACCUCCUCUCCAGGAGUCUGGCCGUGAGCUCCCCAUUCGAGCGCAAGAAGCACGACCCCAUCCACCUCUACCUGCACAUGAUGGUCCUUCUUAAAGUGGACAUACGCUUCUACCUGCGGUAUCGACGUCAUGUGGCGGUGACGAUAUUGGUUUUAUCAAAGUCAGCCGGGAAGCUCUCCUUUCCUCCCGGCCCUCUUCUUGGAAAGGUAGCCGACCGGGACUUGGGAAGCAGUGGGGCCGAAGCUCCGGCACACAGCCGGCCGGCCCGGAGCAGGACGCGGAUCGAAGAAGAGCUGGGGUCCUUAAAGCAUCUUUUCCAGGGGCGACGGAGCAGCCGAGCCAACGAGGACGAAGAGGACGACGACACCGAGGACGAGGAGGAGGACGACAACUUAGCCGAGAAGGAGUUCCUCCGCCCAGGAGCUUCUGCAAAGAAGGAAAAGCCGCGCCGUGCCACAAAGGAGCCGGAAGUGGACCUCAAGAGGGAGAUUGUGAAGGCUCUGGCCGGGGGUCAGAAUGCUUCGGACCUCCUGCCUCUCGCCAUGAUGGCCAUGUUGGGAGACGAUCGCCAGCGCAGUCGCCGCGGCCGAGGCGAUCGGGGCGAGGGCAGCAGCCUCCUUGGUGGUUCCUCCUCCGACGAUUCCGACGGCGACCACAAGGCACACAGCAAAGGACUGAGAGCGGUCAGCACCUUGCACAAGCUUCACGAUCGCAUUCAGAAGAACCCUCGCAAGAUCUACUUGACCUACGAGAAGGAGAUCCGGGAAGAACUCGGCAUCGUGCCGGGCCAAAGCUGGACGCUCCGGGACUACAUGCGCAAGCAGCCGUGGGGAAAAUUCAAGGGGAUCUACAGAUGUGCAAUGAUGGAUGUGGCAGCCUACGAGCAGAUAAGGAUGGGGAACCACGAAGUGGCGGCAGCGCAGCUGGUUCAGAACAUGAAAGCCAAACUGCAAUCGGUCUUGCAGGGGGGAGACUGGGCUUCUGCCUGGCUCCUCACCGGCCUGGUGGAUCCGAUGCAGAAGCGGGACUUUGCGGGGACCCGGGAGGAGAUGUCGGUGAUCUCGGGUUACGUGGAGGCCCUGGCCAGCUUGCGCAAGAAGGUCAAGGAAGCCAACGCCAGCACCGCCGGCGAGGACGAGGAGGAGCCAGCGGCCGCGAGACCGAAUUCAAAGUUUCUCAAGUAUCUUUUGUGGUUUGAGGACAUCCAAGGUACCUUGCCGGUACGGACCGGCAACGACGUGCCACUUUUCCCUGCGGUGCUCCCUUUCCCGGAGGCCUCUUUUGUCGAGGAGGUCGCAGGGGACGAGCAAGCUCUACUUUGGUGGGCCAAGGCUUUCGUGAACACGUUUGUGGCCUGGGGCAACUUUGUGGUGCUUGGCUGCCCCGAGUUGGGGAGCCCCGCUUUGGAGCCGCGAGUUUUUCACAGAGGGGAUGUGCAGCAGUACUCUGAGAAGUUGCUCGGCGAGGUGGUUGAAUUCGCUUCUGUUGAGUUGGUUUUCGGGUCUCUUGCUUGUUCAGGCAAAAGGUCUGUCUUGGAGGAGAUGCUCAGACUCAACUUUGCAAGCUAUGGAGUGGGCCAGGUUCCUGCUCCUGCCGGCGCUCUACCUGUGGCUGCCGAGAGGGUGGCUGUGCCAGAGACGGCCGGCAUGGUGGAUCCGCUGGACUGGCUUCCUCCGGGCCAGGCGGCGGUGGUGGAAAAUUUGGAGGAGCUGCGGCUUCCUGAAGCCGCAUGGGGUGAAGUAGUUAUCGCCUGCCACCGGGUGCCACAGGAGCACGAGGCGGCCUUGGCGAGGAAGCUGCUCACCACAGGCAUGGCGCAACUUGUUCUUGAACGGGACUUGCCUCGAACUUCGGCUGGUGACUUGCUUUGCGGGGGUUUGUUCUGUGUCGGAAAAGAUCAGCAGCACGACCGGCUGAUUUACGACAGGAGGCCGGAGAAUCGGACGAUGCCGCACCUCGGCUGGGAAGCUCUGCCCUCGGGAGCAUGCUUUGUGAGAAUGCUUUUGGAACCCCAUGAGUUCGUGCGUGGUUCGGGGGAUGACCUUAAGAAUUUUUACUACAUGCUGAAACUUCCGGCUGGCUGGGUUCGCUUCAAUCCAGUGGGCCGUCGUGUGGCCAAGGAGGUUGUGCGGGAGUUCGGUGGCGACGUUGCUCAGGAUUAUCGGCUCUGCUUUCGGGUCCUGGGGAUGGGUGAUAAGAACGCCUGCUCGAUCGCGCAGGCGACUCACGAGAGCAUCUUGAUGCGCCACGGCCUUCUCAAGGCCGAGCACAAGUUAGUCUAUGGACAGCCCGUGCCUACCAGUGACCUCUGGGAAGGCAUCUACCUAGACGACCUGCUCAUCACCCUGAAGGUUGCGAUGCCCUACGAAAUCCCGCUAGACGGUAGCUUUGUGCCUCCCGAGCCGCAGGACGGGGACCGCGACAUGGUGCAGGCCAAGAAAGCCGAGGUGGCGUAUGAGAACGCAAGGUUGCCCCGAGCAUUGCAAAAAUCGUUCCGUGCCAAGGCGCUCUUCAAAGCUUGGGGCGCGGAGGUCGACGGGAUCAAGGGACGCGUGGGGGCCCCUCUUGAAGUGAGACGGCAACUGUGGAAAUUGAUCGCCCAGCUGCUGGCUUCAGGUCGGGCCUCCAAGGAGGCGCUCGAGAAGCUGGGUGGAUUCGUGGCGUUCGUGUUCCAAUUCAGGCGGGAACUCUUCAGUUUGCUGCACCACUUUUAUGUCUAUGUUGCCAAGCUUGAACCUCAGAAAGUCGUACGGCUACCAGGGUACAUUGCUGAUGAACUUCGUGCUGUUGCUCUGCAUCUCCCGCUGGCUUCUUGGAACAUGCGGUCGCACAUUUCCUCUUCAUUGCUCGCUACAGACGCUACACCUACUUCAGGAGGAGCGGUGCGGGCGAAGAUCGCCCCGGCUCUGGCCUCGGAGCUGUGGCGCCGGUCCGAAAUCAAGGGUGCGGCUGUGAGGCUGGACCCUGGUUCCGAGCAUGUGCUGGAGGCCCCGCCGCUGGAGACGUCCAGGUUUGCCGCCAGCAUCUCUCCAUGUCUCAAUUGGCAGGUUUGCGGGUCGUAUUCUUUCCGGAACACACACCACAUCAAUCUGCAGGAGGGGCGUGCGCUGAAGCGGGAGGUCGUCCGGUUUGCCAGCAACCCAGACAACUUGGAUUCUGUGCAGAUCGCCCUGAAUGAUUCUAUGGUGGUGGUCGGUGCGGUCAGCAAAGGUCGCUCCAGCUCUUUCCGAUUAAAUGGCAUCCUCAGGUCCAUGCUCCCGUUCCUGGCCUUUGGCCGGGUGAGCCUGGCCCUGCUGUGGGUCGAGACCCUGGCAAACUUAGCGGACUGGCCCUCUCGUUUUCGGCCUCUCCCCGCGCCUAGCACGCCCAGGCCUUGGAUGGAGCGCUACGGGAUCACUGCAGCCAGGGCACCAGUAGGCUGGGAAUUGUUCGCGGUUGUCGGGGGCAUCACCUGUACUUAUCGGCGCCGAGGCUGGGCCAUGUUGGAACCGGUGGGUGCCCCGUCACACAUUGGCGUUUUCGACCACGAGGUGGACCGCACACUGUGUGAGGGCGAGGUCGACUGGCUUUGGUUGAGUCCCCCCGGGAAUGCAUUGAUUGGCAGGCCAACCGCGGGCGUCGCCGACAGUGUGCCCCAGGCGGGUUUUCAGUGGCGAUGCUGGGAACGGGCACUUGAGCUAGCGGGCACCUUAGCGGACCAUGGAGGUUACUUCGUGAUCGUGCACCCCUGGGGCAGCAAGGCCUGGCGAAGCAGAAGCACCGAGCUCUUUCUUCGGCGAGAAAAUGUAAAAUUACACCGUUGGGAUGGCUGUGCUUACGCUUUGCCUGACACGCCGGCACCCCAGCAGCCCAUGAUCAUGCUCUCGAAUGCACCGUGGCUGCCCGUGCCUCUACGCCGUUGCUCAAGGGAACACAGGCACAAGGGCCCGGCGCCGCCGGGGUCUCCGACGGAACAGGCCCUUCCUCAGCUCUUUUACCAGGCGGCUCUCUCCUCUGAUUACCGCCGGCACCUUCGCGAGGCAGGGCAGUUCCUUCUUCAGGUGGUGCACCAGCUGGGGGGAGUAUUCACAGAACGUUCGUCACCAGCCUAUGUGGACCGCUUCCUGGAAAAGGCGAUCUGCCAUGCCUAUGACUCGGGGGAGAAACGCUACUGGAUUGUGCUGGGGGUGCUGGGCAUACAAAGGGGACUUCGGAUCGCAGGUCCUUUGUUGAAAAACUCGUGGACCUUACUGCGGGGCUGGCGGCGCUUGGAACCGAUCAAACCUCGGAUCCCACUGCCUUACCACGUCCUGAGGGGGCUGCUGAUCUUCUGCUUGACGCGAGGUCUUCAAUACCGAGGGCAACUUCGAGCAGAAUGGUGGUCGGUGUUCAUUGGCACGUGGCUUGGUUUCUGUGCUCUUCUUCGACCAGGGGAAGUGGACUCGCUUAAGGUCGGAGACCUGCUCUUCCCGGUCGAUGACGAGGUCGGCCAAGGAGCUGCCCUGGUGGUGAAUAUUCGGAACCCUAAGACCAAGCGAGUCUGGAAUCACCAAUUUGCUCUGGCUGAGGAAAAGGACCUGAUGCUGUGGCUAAAGUGGUGGUGCAAGGAUCGCUCCCGGAGGCAACGAUUGCUGAUGAUAGGCAAACGUCGUUGGGCUGUGCUUUUCAAACAGGCUCUGGAAGAGAUGCACCUCGGCACCUGCGGGUUCACACUUGGAUCCCUACGGGGCGGCGGGGCAACCUACCACUUUCGAGUCCACCGGAACAUUGGUCAGCUUCAGUAUGCAGGUCGUUGGGCCCGGGCGGAAACACUGAGGCACUACUUGCAGACGGCCCUCUCGAUUCAGGUUGUCUCUCAGGCCCCAGCAGAAGCCACGAGGAUUCUCGACCGAUUGCGUGCACAUGCUGACUACUUGCAAAUGCCUCCGCUUGAUGAUCUCACAGAGCUGUUAGCUAGCUGA